AUGACUGAUUGUCAUUCUCCAUAUGUCAGGCUGUUAGUGGAGUGUUUUACCAAGUACUUUGUUGUAAGGGAAGCUAUUCGUCAUUUUCGUGCACUAAAGAACUAUGAAGGGGGAACAAUAGUGUUGCAUAAUGAAGGAAACUUUGGCGAUCCACUUUCUUUGUAUCUUCGAGCAUUAUGUCGAGAAGGAAGAAUUGUUGAAUUGCUAGAAGCUCUAGAAGCUAUGUCCAAAGAUAACCAACCUAUUCCACCAAGAGCUAUGAUUCUAAGCAGAAAAUAUCGAACACUAGUUAGCUCUUGGAUUGAACCUCUACAAGAGGAAGCUGAACUUGGUUAUGAGAUCGCUUACAUUGCGAGGUACAUUGAGGAGGGUGGACUUACAGUUGAACGCAAGCGAUGGGUGCCUCGAAGAGGAAAAACACCUCUAGAUCCGGAUGCUGCUGGAUUUUUAUAUUCAAACCCUUUGGAAACCUCCUUCAAGCAAAGAUGUCUAGAGGAGUGGAAGAUGCACAAUCGGAAGCUUUUGAAAACCUUGCAGAAUGAAGGACUUGCAGCCUUGGGUGAUACAUCGAAAUCUGAUUAUAUAAGAGUUGUUGAGAGGUUGAAGAAAAUAAUAAAAGGUCCUGACCAGAAUGUUUUAAAACCCAAGGCUGCGAGUAAGAUGGUUGUAUCUGAACUAAAGGAAGAACUUGAAGCACAAGGUCUACCAGUCGAUGGAACGAGAAAUGUUCUUUACCAGCGUGUCCAAAAAGCAUGGAGAAUAAAUCGUUCACAUGGUCGGCCUCUUUGGGUUCCACCUGUGGAGGAGGAGAAAGAAGAGGAUGAUGAGGAAUUAGAUGAACUAAUAUCUCGGAUUAAGCUGGAAGAAGGAAAUACAGAGUUCUGGAAACGCCGGUUUCUUGGAGAAUGCUUUCAGGUUGAUCAGGUGAAGCCGAUAGAAGAGGGUGAAUCAGAAGUUGCAGAAGAUGAGCUGGAUGAGAGUGAUGUUGUAGAAGAUGCUGCGAAGGAUAUUGAAGAGGAUGAAGGAGAAGGAGAAGGAGAAGGUGAAGGUGAAGAAGAGGAGGAAGUAGAACAAACUGAAAGCCAAGAAGUAGAAAGGAUUAAGGAUAAGAAAGUUGAAGCUAAAAAGCCUCUCCAAAUGAUUGGGGUUCAAUUGUUGAAGGACUCUGACCAAAUAACUACUAGAUCCAAAAAAUCAAGACGAAGGUCUUCUCGAGUAUCUGUUGAGGUUUUCGGUCAAAAUCCGUUUUUAUUUAGAACUUGGGACAUUGAUGAUGAAGAUUGGUUUCCUGAGGAUAUUUUUGAAGCAUUUCAAGAGUUGAGAAAUAGAAAGGUGUUUGAUGUUGAAGACAUGUACACUAUAGCAGAUGUUUGGGGUUGGACAUGGGAGUGA